CUCUUAUUUGUGAAGACUGGCCUCAAUAUUUGGAACCAUGUCACUAUAAAUCCAGGGCCAGCUUCGCUCUAUUCAUCCAGCUACCCCCCAUGUCCAUCCCUGCAUUUGAUUCCACCACCUACUCCAUCUACACCCAAUCACCCAAUCCAUCCUGGACGUAUGGUCAGAGAGUCGACACCACUCCUGCUGGCAAAGACUGGAUUGCAGGCGAAUCUGCAGGGUGGAAAGUUUAUAACACAUCAGAAACGGACAAGAUCGAGUUGUACAAGCUCUUGCUUUCAGGUAUCGUACCAUGCCCCAUCGCAUGCGUGUCCACAAUCAGCGAGGAUGGCGUCGAGAACCUGGCACCGUUCAGUUGGUUUAACACAGUCACGAACUACCCGCCUGUCAUCUCAUUCGCAAUCAACAACAACCCUGCGGCGGGCCGCCUUAAAGACACGGUAACGAACGUGAAGAACGGCCAAGGAUUCACCGUGAACAUCAUCAGCGAGGCAUUCGUCGAGAAUGCAAAUGCAACUGCUAUAAACGCUCCUCCCGGCUUCGACGAGUGGACUCUCAGUGGUUUGACAAAGGAGAAAUGCGUGCAAGUAAAAGCCUCCCGCAUCAAGGAAAGCGCCUUUAGCAUGGAAUGCGAGCUCUACCAAUCAAUAGAUAUCACUCACCCAGUCACAGGCGAGCACACCGGCACGCUCAUCCUCGCGCACGUCAAGUACAUCCACGCCCGCAAAGACGUGCUCACAGACAAAGGUGUCAUCGACCUCGCAAAGUUCAAGCCCGUCGCGUGUUUGGGAGACAUCUCGUAUGCCCGGGUUGGAGAUGCAUACAGGAUCGCCCGUCCAUCAUGGGCGCAGGAGGAGGCGAAGAUACAGGAAGCGUUGACGACUCGUGCGUCUCUGUGAAAUAGAAUGAAGGAGGCAUUUUUUGGUAAGAUAUACUAUAGAUUAUUGGUGCAAUAGUAUAGUAGUAAUAGAUAAUUAAUGCGUGAUCGAGGAUUUCCUAUCCCUGAGCUGGUAGACCUUCCUUACGCGCUGUUCGACUUUCAAGAUAGACAACAAG